AUGGCGAUGCAGCAUCGAUCAGACGAGCAACACGAUCUGUGGACGAGAUCGCUCUUCAGUCGUCUAGUCGCAGACACAGGUGCUGCAACACUUUCCGCGACCCUCGUGGCACCCGCAGUGACAAUUAUCGACCGCGCGCUCGUGGAGAAAUCCCUCCUCAACCAAUCUCUCCUCCACGGCCUCCGCAACCAUGCCGUCGCAGCCCUCAAGAAUCCCGCACGAUUCACAUUCCAGCUGCCCUUCGGCCUCAUCUGGGUCCUCUACGCAGCAACCUUCACUGUCGCCAACACCACCGACACCAUCGGCCAUGCCAUGAAAGCGCCCGCCACAAGUAUGAUCACCUUCCUCUCCACGACGGCAGUCAACGUCCCACUAGGCGUGUGGAAGGACAUGCGCUUUGCCCAGAUCUUCGGCACACAGCGUGCCCCCGUCGCUGCGGGCGCCGUGGACGUCGCACGCCCGGUGCUGGUACAGAACCGCGCCGUCGCCCGCGCCGCGACGGCCAUCUUUCUCCUGCGUGAUAGCGUGACGAUCUUCGGGUCGUUUACGCUGGCCCCGCGGCUUUCGGCGGCCAUUCCGGAUAGUCUUGCGACGCACCCGCAUGCGAAGCCGGUUAUUACGCAGUUGAGUGUGCCGGCUUUGACGCAGUUGGUUGCCACGCCGGUGCAUUUGCUUGGGCUGGAUUUGUAUAUGCGGCAGCAGGCGGUGCCGUUUGUGGAUCGCGUGAAGCAUUCGCAGCGGUAUUUGGCAUCGUCGACGGUUACGAGAUGUAUUCGGAUUAUUCCGGCGUUUGGGUUUGGGUGUCUGGCGAAUAUGGAGUUUAGGGAGAUGUUUCAUGAGAAGGUGGGAGAGAAGUAG